GUGUACCCAGGCAAGGUGGGCGAGGAGCUGAGCAUAUUGGCAGAGCAGUGAUACGGCACUUAAUGGGACGGUACCAUGACAGGACACAGAAUCAAUAAGAGGGGAAGGCGAUGAAGAUGUCUCAGUCAGUGGCAGGUGCAGGCAGAGACACAAGGCUGCAGUGUAACACACAGACAGAACAAUGAAGUUGUUGAUUUUGGCUCUCAGCGUGGCCCUGCUGUUUACAGCCGGGGAAGCCCUGAACUGUCUCCGCUGUGACCCCAAAAAUCCUUGGGAAGCAUGCGAGCAGACUGUGGAGACGUGUCCACCAGGGAAAGACGCCUGUGCAGCUGUCGUGUUCAUCAGCGAGCCAAACAUCCAGUACCAGGAAUGCAUGAAGAUGACUGACUGUGAAAUGCUGAAAUCAAACACCUUCAUGGACAUAAAUUGCUGCACUACAGAUAUGUGCAACCAUUACAACCCAAUCGGCAAAUAAGCGUUCACAUCAAACAUUUCUGCAAAUCUCAGAAACGUUACAUAUGUAUGUUUGUGAGACAAAAUUUCGUAUCAUGGCUACAUUUCAAGAAACGUGCAUAUGCAUGUUUCAGAUUCACCUAAUCACUGCACUGUAAGCUUUUUUCAAUGAGGAAUAAUGUGAAUGGGCUUUAAUAACGUGUUUUUUGGCCAUAAAUUUAUUGAAAUAAACCAUUGGGCAGUGUAUUUCUACCAUUUUCACAAUAAAUCUUAAUGUCUG